UGACAAGUGAACCUGACUGAAAGCUCAUCCCAUCAUCUUGACCAUCGACCAUCACUCUUUCGACACACCUCGACAGCGCAUCAGCCAGGAGCGGAAUAACAAAAGAAGCCGAUCAGCAUGUCGACCAUCAUCCCACAGACCUGGAAGUUUGACUUUACAUCCGUAGACGCCUCAUACAAACGCAGCGUCGCAGACCCUCCAGGAUACGUCGGUUUAAAAGAUGUCGCCUCAAGAGGACAGAAAGGAUCCAAGGGCAAGGAAAUAGACAACGAGCUUUUGAAAGUCAAGAAAGCAUGGGAUACGGCAUUGGCGCCAGGAAAGCAGCUUCCAAUGCAGGGAUUCAUGCUGUGGAUGAGCGGUAACAGCGUCCAGAUCUUUUCCGUCGCCAUCACGGCCAUGCUCAUGUUCUCGCCUAUCAAAGCGGUCCUCAACAUGUCCCAGGUCUUUGAACGCUACGAAACAGUGUCGCCCGUGAAGGUCUCCUUUCUGGAGAGCAAGUUGGCGUUGCCGAAACUGACGUUUGUGGCGAUGCAGAUCUUGACGAUCCUCUUGGGCAUGUGGAAGUUGAAUUCGAUGGGGUUGUUGCCGACCUCGCAUUCGGACUGGUUGGCCUUCUUGGAUCCCAAGGUGCCUCUGGAGUACACUGCGUAAUGCCUUGCCCUCCCCUCCCUCCCUAGGAAAAUUGAGAUACAGACGAGUGGAUGGACUCUACAUGGAUGGGGAGUGUAGGAUAUACAGGAGCAGCAGCAGCAGCAGCAGUAUACGGCCAAAGGAUAGAAUGGACACAAAUAAAACAACUUUUACACAAA